CGUCAGUCGGACGCAAGUUCAUUUUCCAAACAAAACCCGCUGCAAGUGAAGAAAAACAGAAAUGUCGCUUAUGCCAGGAAGAGUGCCAGAAGUUGAUAAAUUCAGAUAAUUUUCGAUCCAGUGCUUGUUCAGAGCAGCAGAAGUCUGAAUCUGAAGUGGGAGAAAUUAGAAGAAAAGUGCCGACGGAGAUAGUGGGGUGGCAAGUAUUAUUCCCCCCAACACGUUACCCCCCUCAAAUGCUGUGAGCUCUUCAAGUUCAAAGCCCUUCCCAACAAAAAGAAAAGAAAAGCUCCGUGUGCAACAGCAGUGUUUGGUAAAAAGAGCUUCUCAAAGCGAACACAAUGAUUACAAGACAUUGUGAAAGGCCCGUCUCUUCAAAGCCGAAAUAUACUAACCAAUUACUCGAAUUGCGCUAAAAAGCCAUCAGCGAACCCUGCUAGCCUGGAACUCUCGAAUUACUCCAAUUUGAUUUAUACCACUGCUUAUGUUGUGUCUGUUAAUGAUUCAGAUGAAAACAGUAAAAACCUCCCAUCCAGUACAGAUUAUCAAGCCUUAACUAGUUUAUUGUUGAACGAACUGCAAGGAGUCGAGCAAAAAAGGAUUUCUGAUUGGCCCGCGACAACAGGUCUCGAAGUCGGGCGCAAGUGCCGAGCCGAGUGGGCUCGUUGGACCCAGCCAUUAAUUUGACAUUUAGUUCAGACUCUCAGCAAUCUUUGAGGUCGCACUCUUUUUCAGUCACAUUUGACCAGCGAAAUAUGUCGAAUAUUUCAAGAAAUGAUUCCAUUGCUAGUGAUUCUCGUGGCGGCAGCUUUGGUAGUCGCUUUACUCUUUCGAGGAAGCUCUCAUUUAAAUUCAGAAAGUCGAACACUCCAGCAAACAAAAAUCAACCUGCAGCUCCAAUCCAGGACACUGGUUAUCAUCGAAAUAGCAACAAACUGGGCGCAAAUAACCUAGAAAUGAAUCACAACAAUUCCAAGAGACCUUUUCGCAUUCCAGACUUUUUCAGAAGGAGCCGAGCCAAAUCAACAGGAUCAUCGCCUUUCUUGCAUAAUCCAAACAAUAGGGUGAAUAUUAUCCCUCAAAUAUCAAUUGAAGCACCAAGAAACGACGUUGCGUGCCAACUCAGCUCCCAGAAAACGUUUUCCGAAAUCGGAACCCAAACAUCGCAAGCCGACUCACCUUCGAUCCGAAGUCGGUGCAACAGUCGACGAAACAGUUCGCUGACGCAUCAAAUGCGAAUCAAGCAGCUUUCAAACAGCGACUCAGAAGCUGAAAUUGAAGUUGAAUCGAAAGACGAGAGCGUCGUCUCGGAAAAUGAUAACCAAGCAAUCGCAAGUGCUCCUGCGCCCGCACUGCCGUCGAUCAUCGUAACCGACAACAAUGAAAAGUACCUCGGAAUCCGAAGAAAAAUCUCGUCAUAUUGGCGCCGAAUGUCGCUCGAGUACUCAUCUGACGAUAGCCGACGGGGCAGUUUAAGUCCGAAUAUCAGUCGUCGGAAUUCGGCGACGAAUGCCGAGUCAGUAACUUCGGGGGCUGCGAGAAACUUUGCGUAUGGGAGAAAGGCGAGCGAGGGUCCCUUAAUGGACAAGUGGUUUCCUUCGUUGCUACAGCGAAUGACAAACACGGCGUCCGCUGAUUGGCUGCCAAUUUCAACAUCAAAAAGUGUCCCGGAGCAGCAUUCGGAUCAAUCAGAUUUUAGCAGUGCUUUGAGGGGCUGCACUAUUGAAAUAAUAGUCGAAGACACUGAAAUGGGCGUCACAGUUCCCGUUGUCAUCGACGAUGAACAGUCCUCGGAGGACUUGGACUGCACUUGUUGCACCUCUAAAUACUCACAAAACUGUCCCAACCCUCAGUGUCAGUUUUACUAUUCUCAUUAUCAACAAAUCGAUAUAGCCCCAACGUUGGCAGAUCCUGAGACAUUCGAAGACAGUCUGGAUCUCGUAUUCGCCCGCAGUCCGGGGUCUAUAACCGAAUCGAUUUCGAUUCCUGGACCAAGCGAAAGGCGUGAGUCGGGCAGCAUGGAGAUCAUGCAAGGUUUCAGGGCACGCAAGUGCUCCAUGCUGCAGGUUCCGCAGCCGCACUUAGACGAGCGGGUGGUGAGUCUAUGGCUGAGAGAGCGUCUUCCAUCGAAGCUCCCCCCUAGCACAACUGUUGUAGAGGAUUUGCCCUGCGAGCCCCCACCCUCCAGUGCGUUGAAUCAGCGAAGGCGGGCCACUGCUGGGUUAUCACAGGCGCCCAAAGUGGACAGUGACUUAGAAGACAAAAUGGACAGCCUAACCAACACUCCUGCUAUGGUGCGUCGCUUCGCUCUCACCAAACAAACAUCGACGACCACCAAAUCAACAACGAGCCCCCAAGACACACCAGAGGCCUCUGGAUCGCCUCCCACUUACAACAACUCCCCCUCAAACUCGACAGUCAUGUGCUCAACUGUCAAAUGCUCACGUCCCAAAUUGUCCCAACUGCGGGGUAACAACCGGGAUCCUGACGAUAUCUCGUCUCCUGCCGAACCCCCGCCCUUUUUCUCGGACAAAAUUGACCCUGAGAGGUGCGAAGAUGUUCCAAGAGGGAGUGAGGGCCACGAGUUUGCCGAGGGUAGUGCUUUGGUGUUGGGCAUAGGUCAACAGGAGAUUGACCCCGCAGAAGUGACUCUUGCCGACAUCCAGAGCAGAAGUUACCUCUAUUGGAAUGACACAGACAGUAUAGGAGAGGCCGCUGCAUAUGAAAAUAAAAAGCAGAAAACUCCAAUUUCCUGGAACAUCUUCAAGAGUGGAAAAAAACAGACGUCAGAACAAGCGGAGUUCCAGCUUACGUUGGAUACACUCAAAGUGGUACCCAUAGACCACCACCUCAUCCAUCUGCGGGACAAGACGUGGCCGGAGGUUAUUGCUGACGUAAACCCCAGGGCAGCGAGGAACAGCAGCCAGUCGAGUGUGGGGGAGGACGAAAAGAAAAGGAGGGAUGUCGUGUGGGAAUUGUUCACGGCCGAACUAAACUAUCUCGUGGAUCACCUUCUCGUCAUGUCAAAUGUCUUCCUGGAACCCCUAAAAGAGUCUCAGUGCGAAGGAUUUCUUCUCAAUAUGGAACCAGUCAAAAUAUUCGCCAACCUAGAAGACCUCUGCAAGGUCACUUCGGUUUUCUGCUCCGAGAUGCACCACUACAUAUUCCGAGCACCUCCCAUAUUUGGCAGUGCCUACGGAAUAUCCAAAGUGUUCCACAAGUUUGAGCACCAAAUCUGUCCCUCCUAUCAACGCUACUGCAUGAACUACUCCAACGCCCUCUCCUACAUGGAACACCAGCUGAGAGGAAAUGUGCCCUGGGAAAUGUUUGUGCGCCACUGCGAAAGGGAUUCCAGGUGCAAACGACUGAAGUUGACGGACCUUCUGGUGGCCCCCAUGCAACACUUGACAAAAUACCCUCUGCUGCUGAAGACUAUCAGAAAGAAGACAUUCGACCACAGGGAGCGCAAACUGCUACAGGACGCCAUCUCAAACGUCGAGGCAGCCAUUAAGAGCGUCGAAGGUCAAGUGAAGUGGCUGAAGAAUUUCGAGAGACUGCAGGAGCUGUCUAAACAGAUCCAGUGGUUUUCAGUCCUCGAACAGGAGCCGAGGCCACACCUCCCAGAGUCAUUGAGGCAGAGAAUUCGAGAAGGUUCUAUGGAAAGGAUCAUUGCAAGUCCGCUUCGAAAUCUACGAUACGAAGGCCAAUUGUCCAUGCUGGAAAACACGAAACACAUUCCAGCCUAUUUGUUUCUCUUUGACGAUAUGCUGCUAGUCACAAAACUGAGGAAAGUUAAAAAGGGCAGUUACAGUGAUGAUGAUCCACCCUUGUCAGCCAGCAGUUCGGACCCAUUCCACCGACGAUCGAUAGGGGGCAAAUAUGCAAACAGAUACAUGGAGCAACCUUUGUUCGUGGUCAUAAAACAGCCCAUUCCGCUGGACCGUCUGGAAGUGCACCCGGUGGAUAAACAGGCGGCCUCCAGCAGUGGCCUGAAGAACGCGUUUGUGCUGGUCCACAUCAGCCGCUUCCAGCAGAUCAUCGCACUCUGCCUUCUUCAAGCCAAAGACGACUCCCUCAAGUCUGCUUGGAUUAAACAGCUGAAGGAGGCCAAACUUAACUGGGAGGGACUAUUGAAUCAGAAACAGGCAUAUCAAGACAGCCAGAAACAGUCAACACAACCACAGCAACAGGCCAGUGCCACCAUUAUCAGUGCUACCAACAACACUAAUAACAACAGUAUUCUCGACAGCCAAAGUGCCAGUUCCCAGAUACCUCGACCUUCAAUUGUACACGAAAUGACGGCUGAUGCAGUUUCCGCCUUUGUCACAUCCAGUUCGAUGACAUAACUGUGCUAUACCUCUUGUUACAUCAUUUUACCAUAUUGAGAUGUCAAAGCUUUAUUAAGGAAGAUUUGCGUAAUUUGAUGGCCCGGCGACCGAGAAUCUAAUCAUAGACGCUGUUUUUCAGCUUUCCUAUUAUUGUUGUUGAUUGAUGUUGUUUAGAUAGGGUUGGUUAGUCACACUAUAUAA